GUUUGAAUUUAUUUUAAAAAGCCUUAUGUGAGGGAAAUGUGAGCGCUCUGUUUUCACUUGUUGCGCAGUCGCAGAACACUCGCAGGUACUGCAGCCCCUCUCGUUUGUGUGUCCCGUCAAGCCUCUUUCACUUUUGGCUUCAGGGUUGUUGUUAUUGUUGUUUUAUUUAUUUUCUCGCCGCUGAUGUGAUGCGCGCCUCGGGCCCGCAGCUCCACCGGGGACCGCAGAUCGUACGUCACCGUGGGUGCCCACGCCACUUCCCCGCUCCGCUCCGUCUCCUCCCCACAGCCGAGCGCCGCGGCUGCGCGGCGGAACUUUGGACGCUCAGCCUGUUUGUUGUUGUUUUAUGACCGCGGAAGUACCGGAGCAGCCAGGCGCUCCCGGAAACCACCGCGCAGGACUGAUCGAGCUCAACUUCAGGGGGUGGAGGGGGAGAAAUGAGCGCCCUGGGUUGAUGCUGGAAGUUGUCCCGACGCUGAGCUGCUGUUGCGUCUCCAACACGAGGAGAGCCUCUGGUUGUUUCCUGCUUCGUUCUUCUGCCUGGGACAGAUGAUCUGAGUAUGUUUGACUCCCGGCCGCCGCUUUAACAGCCCACGAUGGACGGUCGAAGGAGCAGGGGAGGCGAAGGAGGGAGCGGAGAUCCGGAGGUAGAGGACGAGUUUGCCUGUGCCGGGAUGCUGCGGGGAUCUCUGACUUCCCUACACGGCACCGUGGAGCGCAUAUUCAGGGUGACAUUUGGAAUCGGGGCGGACGAUUUGCCGAACGGGAACAACGGGCAGAUAUGGCUGAAGCUGCAAGGCCCGGGCAGCGACGUGAAAGCUGCCAAAUUAUUUGUGAAGGGAGUCGUAAAUCAGGAGGAGCAGCAGGAGGUCCCGUAUCCUGGGGCCCUCCACUGCAUCUUCUGUGGAGCCAGAGGGCUGUUCAUGGACAGCCUGAUAAAAAACACUUCAGCACUCAUCGUGGUGGGCUCGCCUGGAUUCCUGCUCAUAUCAGGUCUAGCCGAGCCGGUGGUGCGGGCCUACUCCCUGAUUGGAGACCUUGUGGCGAGGUAUGAAGGCACGCAGUCCAGACGCACCGAGACGGGGGACAGAGGCCUGGGCGAGACCCUGGAUUCACGAAGGGCUUUCAAAGCUCUGGUGGAGAACUGGGAGGACAGACACAUUCUGGAUCUUCUCGUGCUGCCAGGGACUGUGAAGGAAAUCCUUCUGGAUUUGGUGAAAGAAUCAGGCCUUGGGUCGAGCCCAGUCCCAGCCCUGACGCAAGAAAAUGGAGGUGCAAAAUCGCAAAGGGAUACCAGAGAUGAAUGGAGCAAGUCCAGUGGACCUAAGCAAACACGCCUCGAUCCUUUCAACAACUCUGAUAGAUGGGCUGAAGGAAAUGUCGCAGGUUAUGACUCUGCAGCCAAGGAUGCCUCUUCCCAAGGUCUGUUUUCUCCUGUAGGCCUUAGAGGGAAGGCAGAGGGGGCUGAGGAAAGACUCUCGCACUCUCCUCAGGAAGUGGGAGAAGAGGAACAACCUGAGAAGCUGGCAACAGGCGUCAAGGCAGACAAAGGACAAGGGGACAUCGAAGAGCCCGAGCGGCUGUUUUCCAUGGGAAACAAGGAAUUCAGGCUUCUUUUGAAAUUCUUCACCGCGAUGGGUUACACGGAGGACGUCGUGAAACGGGUUCUGAAAAAAACUGGACCUAAAGAGGCGUCGCAGAUUCUGGACCUGGUUCAACAGGAGCAGGAUCUCAGUGACCAGGAGCAGAACAUUCGCAGCGGUUCAGACGCGAAAACGCAAGACGGCGUCGCUUUGCAUCAAGGGAAAGGACAACCCUGCGAGACGGAGCACAAAGAGGACGAGAGCACAGAGGUGGGAGGGGCUAAAAUAAAGCACGGCAACGGGGAAUUUAGUGAAAUACACGGCGGGGUGAUAAGAAACCCCAAAGACUCUCAGGGACAGGUUGGCACAGAUGUAGAGGCGCAACAGGAGGACUUUGUCUUUGGGGUGGUGAAGAAAGCAGCUGCUACCUGCGGGUACACCGAGGAGAAUGUGACCAAAGUGUACAGCCUCUUGACUGAGGGGUCCACUCACCAGCUCCUUCUGGAGCUGCAGAAAAAGGAGGGCAGGGAGACGGAAAGCUUCGAGGGAGAACCAAGAGAGAGUCACAAUGUGUUGGGGGAGAAAGAAAGACCAAAUGUCGCACCGGCUGAUACUGAAGCGAAGGGCAAACUUGAGCUUUUUAUUCACAGAGAGAGAAGAGAUUCUGAUGAAGGACAAAAAACGGGGCUAAAGCGUUCGGCACAGUUGGCAGAAGCAGACCUUUGUACCUGGACUAAUAAACCCCAGCCUGUACCCACUAAUCAAUACACAUCCCAGUCAACUCAUCACCAACCUCCAAACACAUUAAGAGCUCACCAGGACGUCCUGCAGGAAGUCAAAGGGCCCCCCAUGCCUACCUACUCCUCAUCCAUAGAUCCUCCACUGACUCCUUUUUUUCACCCUAACAAGCAACAAGGCCGGACCGGCUAUUGGCCCGACCCGGCCCCAUCCAAGCAGAAGCAUCAAACUCACGCCAAUGCAUCAAAACACCACGCCGCAAACUCGUCAAAGCAAGAGCAUCAAGCUCAGCCCAACAUCACCAGAGCAAAGGAUAGACGGAGCUUCGUGUCGCCUGCGCCGGUGGUGACGGGGGAGCAGCGCUUUCUGGAGGGUCUUCAAGCCCCCUUUCAGCUAAAACUCACAGACGAGCCUGGGAAAACAAACCUGAGAGCAAUCAUCAUCGACGGGAGCAACGUGGCAAUGAGCCAUGGGCUGGGUCUUUUCUUCUCCUGCAGAGGAAUUGCUCUGGCCGUCCAGCACUUCUGGGACAGAGGCCACCGUGACAUCAGUGCUCUGGUGCCACAGUGGAGGCAGAAGAGUGACCCUAGGAUCAAAGAGCAGCACUAUAUGAUGGACCUAAAGGACCUGGGCCUGCUCUCCUUCACUCCCUCCAGGGAGGUCCAAGGCAAGAGGAUCAGCUCAUAUGAUGACAGGAUAAUACUGCAGCUUGCACAAAAAAAAGGUGGAGUGAUAGUAACCAACGACAACCUGAGAGACCUCUCAGAUGAAUCGACUGUAUGGAGAGACAUCAUCAAAAAGAGACUUCUUCAGUACACGUUUGUCGGAGAUCACUUCAUGGUCCCAGACGACCCCCUGGGCAGAGGAGGGCCUCACCUGGAUGAUUUCUUACGUUCGGACCACAGGACUCCUGAUCCAGGAAAUCACUCGUUUGCCGGUUUAGCCAGCACCUUUCCAUCCUCCAAACCACCACGCUCCCAAACCGAACCCUUAAACUUCCGUGACCGAACACUCGGGGGCGCUCUGGAUGCAUCAGGCGGUGGUGGCCAAGGUAGGGGGAAAAGAUGGGAAACAGCCGGUCAUAGAGCAGCGGUCACUCCGGACAGGAAUCCAGAAGAGACAGCUUGCCUGAGGGAGCAGCUGCUGAAUGUCUUCCCAGGACAGGACAACAUGGUGACGCUGGUGCUGCAGUGCCAUGCGGCAGAGAGAGACAUAAAUGUGCUUUCUGGUCUCAUCUUGGAGAAGCAGAACUAGAAAUCUCUCUAUUUCCGAGUUUAAUUAAAACGUUUUCCAGCUGAAUUCCUUUGUUUUGUAGCAAAGCAGUUACCACAACACAUUAAUACAGAUUAUUCAUACUUUACGUGAAAGCUUGCGACAAAGCUUCAACAUUAUUGAGAGCGCCCUAUCUCCUCUGUGUUAUCUUUGCAGGGAUUUUUUUUUAUCUUGGAGUCUUAUUAUUUAUUUAAACAUCUGGUUUUAAUGGACAGCUUAAGUAAACUGCCGCUUGGCACCUUGAAUUUGAAAUGCGCAUAUUCUCCGAAAUCAUGAGCCCCCAAGACUGCAACUGCUGUGAAUUCUCCAAUGUCUUUUCCAUAGUCCAUCUACCAAGUGGGUACGGCUACGCAGCAUGUUUAAUUUGACAUAAAUCCUCCAUGAAACAGAUUAGUUAAAAAAAAAAAACACUGUUGCAUUUGUAUUUGGCUUGCUACUGCUAACUACAGCAGUUGCCUGUGUAGGCUCUGAUGCAGAGGUGGAAAACUAUGAAUCCAGUCGAGCUCAGGAGAACGUACGUAUGUAGCGAAACGUUCUAGGGAAGAAUAAAACGUUAAAAGAAAGGCCAGCAGUUUUCAAGAUGUGGUUCAGGCAAGAGUUAUGUUAGAUUACACCGUCUAGAAUCCCCCUGCAGCUUUGUGAAAACAGCCCAGGAGACUCUUACUUUUAUUGAUUGGUAAAUAGCUAACCCGCAAAUAUCAGCAAUACUAGCAGCCUAUCUUUUUGUUGGGCCCGCAUGCCUCCAAGCAUGUUGGAUUAAUUAUUUUUGAUGUCCAGAUAAUCAUAACUAAGUUAUCAGAUCCCUUCUAUUCCUCUUAUUCUAUCAACAUUUUGAUUUCUUCAUAAGAUCCCGAACGGAUGAGUGAAACUGUUAAACAUUAGCAUGCUAGCACACAGACGGAGUGCUAGCAUGCUAAUGUGUGAGCGCAGUAGAGAUCUGAUAAUCAGUGGAUCUUAAAUUAAAUAAUUUACUACAUUGUGGGCAUACUGAGAUUUUAACAAAUGGUAUGUUUAUGGAUAUUUUUGAUUCAAUUUUUAAGAAAAUAAAUGCAAAAAAAACUUUCUACGUUUGCACAUUUAACAGCUGUUAUGCAGAGAUGUAAAGAUUUUGGACUGGGUGUGGGUGUAGAUUAUUGUUGCGUGAAAAUCCUGAAAGAAACACUGAACCAAACCCUGCAACACUCUGUACGUCUGGUUCUAUCGUGUUAAAUAUUGUUGGAUUUGACAAUCAUGCACAAUAUUUCUACAUUGAUGAAACAAUGACCAAACCAAGAGAUGAUAGCAAAUCAAGAAUGUUGUAUUGAUUUGUUACCAUCGCACUAAUUUUAAACUGAUAUUGAAAUAAUUUUUAAUUGCAUUGUUUAUAUCUGUACAUUAUUAAGAGCAUAAUAAAGUUAUUCUUGUAGUGUUUC